UGUCUGAUAUAUCCUCAUCUUUUCUUUGUUAUAUAGUGACUUUAAUUCUCGGUCUCUUUACGGUGUCGCAUGACGACUACAUGCCAGUUAUAUAGACCCCCUGCGAUUGUCUGGCUUACUCCCGAGCCUUCAUCUGCCUAGUGGACGCUCACUGACCGACAAUCCUCGGCAUCUCCUCCAGCCGCACCACCACCUCCAUAUAUAUACACGUUUCCGCCACCUGGUCACCUCUUCAGACAAAACUAUAAGCCGUCGCCAAUAUGUCCUUCUCCUCACUUGUUUCCGACAUCACAUACAAAGACCGAGAUCUUGACGACCGGCGGUCGCUUGUGUCGCGAGCUAGAUCGUACGCAAGCACUGCCGCAACGAGCGUGAGCAUAAGUGGUGAUAUAGCAAGCCAAUUGCAUGGCGGCUAUUCACACCCUCUGGCAAGAGCAUGGCAGGCUGAAAGACAGUUGACCAAGUCUAUGUUAAUCUAUCCUCUCUUCGUAUCCGACAACCCCGACGACGAGACUCUCAUUCCAUCUCUGCCUGGCCAAUACCGCCGCGGCGUGAACAAACUCGUUCCAUACCUCACUCCUCUCGUUAGAAAAGGCCUCAAGUCGGUCAUCUUGUUUGGCGUGCCUUUGGCGCCCGGCUCUAAAGAUGCUCUCGGCACAAACGCAGAUGACCCCAAGGGCCCAGUCAUGUCCUCCAUUCGCCUCCUUCGCAGAUCCUUCCCUAGUCUUUUUAUAGUAGCCGACGUUUGCCUCUGUGAAUACACAACACACGGCCACUGUGGCAUCCUGCGGGAUGAUGGAGGCCUAAACAACGCGCUAUCCGUUGACCGGGUCAGCGAUGUAGCAAUGGCAUACGCGGAAGCUGGCGCCCACUGUGUGGCACCAUCAGACAUGAACGACGGUCGCAUUCGUGCGAUUAAGCUCAAGCUGAUAGAGGCGGGGAUUGCACACAAGGUUGUCCUCAUGUCAUACGCUGCGAAGUUUUCUGGCUGUCUAUACGGCCCGUUCCGCGAUGCAGCAGGAUCAUGUCCCUCGUUUGGCGAUCGUAAAUGCUACCAGCUGCCACCAGGCGGCCGAGGUCUUGCACGACGUGCCAUUCAGAGAGACAUCAACGAAGGCGCCGAUAUCAUCAUGGUGAAACCUGCAAGCCAAUACCUUGAUAUCAUAAGUGACGCGAAGGAUAUUGGGCAGAAUCUCCCUGUUGCAGCGUACCAAGUAUCGGGAGAGUUUGCUAUGAUUCACGCAGGAGCGAAGGCGGGAGUCUUCGACCUGAAGGCCAUGGCAUUCGAGGCGACAGAGGGCAUAUUAAGAGCUGGUGCAACCAUUGUUGUCAGCUAUUUCACCCCGCAAUUCCUGGACUGGCUAAGCAACUGAAUAAUGUGUAUUCUUAUUUUUAUUAUUUGAAGAUGGAGUACGAGUAUUGGUCUUUCUCUUGAGGAGGUGCUGCUUCAUGUCGAUAUUUUAUCGAUCGCAUCAUUCGCAACGCAUCGGGUUUUUGUAGUGCUUUUAUAUACCACUUCUUAAAGAUCACAUGAAAAUGAGUACUCAGCUUGAUGUUUUCUAG